GGCGUGAAUUUGAAUUUAGUUGCGCUGUUCAGUGUUCGUAUCAGCUGCGCCAGAAUUGUGCGAGGUUGCUUUGUUAUUUUUAGAGAAGAUAGUCAUCGGCAUCGGCCCACUACGGAGUGCAGGGUGGACUUCCGGUGAUGGCGUCGUAGGUGUUGGCCACGUGCUAUUUUGGAUCUUGUUGUGCGGCGGCCAGAAUACAUGUCCGGCAGUUCCGGUGAUUGUUUUCGGCCGCCCGCCUCCCACCAGGCCACGGUGCAGUGAGGCAACACAACAAAGUGGCGACUGAGGACUUCGAACAGUGAUUUUUUCACCACGGAUUUCGCGGCGGCUCCUGCGCCGUUUUUGCCCACCGCGGGAGCUGAGCCGGCGAUUCCCUGGCCCCGGUGGGUCAGGAUGUUUGAGAACUUUCUGUGUGCGGUCGGAGGUGACGCUUUCCCUCCCGCACGUCGCCAGGCUGUCCUCCUGACUUGUAUAGGGACGGAGGGGCAGCGGGUGUUUGAGAGCCUGCCACCCGUGGAGAAGUUGGAAGGCGAGGACGACUUCCAAUGGUGCCUGCGCCGCCUCGGGGCCCAUUUCGCUCCCAAACAAAAUGUUUGUGUUGAGCGCUACCGCUUCCGCAGCCGGGGGCAGCAACCAGGCGAGACCACCAGCCAGUGGGUCUCCGUGCUUCGCCAGUUGGCUAGCACGUGCGAGUACGGUCCCCAGAUGGACGAGUUCAUCAGAGACCAGGUGAUCGAGAAAACCGCGAGCUCCAAGCUGAGGCAGCGGCUUCUCAUGGAAGGGUCGGGUCUGACUCUGGAGAAGACCCUCACGCUGGCUGACACCCUCGAGUCAGCUGAACGAGAAGCAAAGGUGAUGGAGGGACCAGCCGUGCCUGUGCCCGUCCAGGCCCUGCAGCCACAGAGGUCUCAGCGAGGGGGGACCAGGCGCCGACGCUCCGGCCCGGUCCCAGCCCUGCAGCAGGAAGGACGGCAGCAACUUCCGCAGGGGAGGCAGCAGCAGCCGAGACGGCAGCAGCCUCUCCCACCACAGCAGCCGACAGCCGGGCCUGAGUGCUGGGGCUGCGGGCGCCCUGGACACCGAAGAGGCGACAGGAACUGCCCAGCGUUUGGUAGGAAGUGCUCCAGGUGUGGUAAGACCAACCACUUUGCCCAGCACUGUGGUGCUAGUGUGGUUUCUAGCGUCCAGGUGCUAGCAAUUGGGGCUAGUGCCACGCCUCUGACCCUUGAGGCUGAGGUAGAGGGGGUCAAGGUAGCUUUUACUGUGGACUCUGGAUCCCCAGUCUCUAUCCUGCCGAGGGACUUGGUGCAGGGUGAUCUGGGAGUAGCCGAGGAGAGUCUGUGUGCCUACGGGGGGAGCAUGCUGAAUGUGCUGGGGGUGAAAAGUGUUCAGGUGUCAUGCCGUGGGAAAACAGAGUUGGUCAAAGUGUAUGUGGUGCCGUCAGGACGUGCUCUGAUGGGCCUUGAUCUGAUGAAAGUGUUUGAUGUUUGUAUCGUGGGCAACCGUGUGUGCAGUGUGUCCACCAACCCUACCCGUGUGUCCCCUCCUGAGCCGGUCCAACCCACCAGCCCACCUGACGAGCCACCAGCCUCUCCGGGGGUCCAACCUGCGAUCCUUGGGUACCAGCACCGCGUGACAGUUGACCCAGGGGUACCACCAGUGCGCCAGCCACUGCGCCGCCUGCCUUUGGCUGUGCUGGAUGCAGUGAGUGCCCGGAUUGAUGAGCUGGAGGCACAGGGCGUGGUUGAGAAGGUGAGCGCGUCUCCCUGGAUCUCACCACUGGUCGUUGGCAGGAAACGGGACGGUGCCAUCCGCCUCUGCGUCGACAUGAGGAGAGUGAACCAGGCGGUCAUCACGGAUGGGCAUCCUCUCCCGAGGAUUGAGGACGUUCUCGAUCGGCUCCGUGGUUCGCUGAUGUUCUCCAGGCUGGAUCUGAAGGACGCGUACCACCAGCUGGAGCUGCAUCCUGACAGCCAGAACCUGACCACGUUUGUCAGUCACAAGGGUUUGUACCGGUUCCGUCGAGUAAACUUUGGUCUGGCGAGUGCCGGCCCUUGUUUCCAGAGGGUGAUGACGUCGAUGCUGGAGGGCAUCCCCGGGGUGGAGGUGUACCUCGACGAUAUCAUCAUCCACGCACCGUCCCAGGCAGAGCAUGACGCUCGCCUGAAGCAGGUGCUGCGGCGGUUGGAGGACCACCGUGUGAAAGUGAACUGGUCCAAGAGUGCCACCGGCUGCCGUGACACUGAUUUCCUUGGUUACAGGAUCUCAGCGGCCGGUGUGCAGAUCGACCCAGGGCGGAUCAGUCCGCUGCUGGAGGCUCCAGAGCCGCAGGACGAGAAGGGCCUCCGCGCCUUCCUGGGAGCCACGGGCUACCACGCCCGUUUCAUGCCGCGGUACUCGGACCUGGUCGAGCCGCUGCGAGCUGCGCUGCGCGCCGACAAGUUCGAGUGGUCGCCGGCGCUGUCCAGCGCCGUCCAGCGCGUCAAGGACGCCAUCCGUCAGUCACCGGCGCUGGGUAUGUUCGACCCCGCGCUCGCCACGGUGCUGACGACCGACGCCAGUGACGUCGGAGCAGGCGCGUGUGUGACGCAGAUCGACGCCUCGGGGUCGCCCAGGGUCAUUGCGUACGCGUCUAAGUCAUUCUCUCCGGCCGAGCGUAACUACUCCACUGUGGAGAAGGAGGCGCUGGCCGUGGUGUGGGCCUGUGAGAAGUUUCGCCACUAUCUCUGGGGGCGGAAAUUCACUCUGCGCACGGACCAUCAGGCUCUGUGUACCAUUUUCGGUCCCAAGGGUUCCACGCGCGUCGGCCGGCGUGUCGCGCGGUGGGAGGCCCGCCUGCUCGAGUUUUCUUUCGACGUCGAGUACGUCCGCUCGGAGCGGAACACCGUGGCCGACGGCCUGUCACGGCUGCCGGUAGCCGAGACCUGGUGGCCGGAUGAUGACGAUCUCCAGAUUGCAGCUCUGACUGUGGCGGCAGCUAUCUCUGAGGAGGAGCUCAGUGACGCCUCGGCGGCCGACGAGUGUCUCAGCGUCGUCCGUGGGUACGUGUCCAGGCAGUGGCCCCGCCGGAGGGAGGUUGACCCCCGAGCGGCUGGUUUCUUUCAGGUACGGGACGAGCUGUCCGUACACGGCCAGCUGCUGCUCCGCGGUGACCGGCUGGUGGUGCCCGCGGCGCUGCGCGAGCGCGUUCUGACUAACGCGCACGCGGGCCACCAGGGCGUGGUCCGCACCAAACAGCGGCUCCGUGAGCGUUUCUGGUGGCCGCGCCUGGACCGGCAGGUGCGGGAGCUGCUGAAGAGCUGUGAGGUCUGCUCUCAGCACGAUGGACACGUGCGGAGGGAGAAGCCGCCCCUCCAGCCCAUCCCACUUCCAGACGGACCGUGGCAGCGCCUCAUGGUAGACGUGAUCGGUCCCAUGAGAGGUCCGCCGUCUGAGCGCUACGGCAUUGUGCUCGUCGAUAUGUACAGCCGGUGGCCGGAAGUUGCGCUCUGCCAGGACGCGACGGCAGACAGUAUCUGCCAGUUCCUGGAGACAGUGUUCGCUCGCGAAGGUGUGCCGCUGGAGCUACUGUCAGAUAACGGCCCUGCGUUCCGGUCGGGCCGACUCGCCGAGUUUUUGGGUCGCAUGGGCGUCAAACAGACGUUUAGUUCGCCCUAUUCGCUGCAGACAAACGGCAUGGUCGAGCGGCUGAACCGGACGGUUAAGGAAGCCAUCCAGUCGGCUCGCCUGGCGAGGGAGCCGCGCUCGGCGUUUGUCAGAAAGUUCCUGGGUGAGUACCGGGUCACGGUCCACCCGGCGACCGGAGUGUCGCCCUUUGUUUUGAUGAGGGGGCGGGAGGCGCGGACGGUUCUCGAUGUGACCCCGUCCGGCCGUGCUGCCGAGGAUCGAGCUGUCCGGCAGCAUCACCAGUCGUACCAGGAGACCUACAGGGCCCGGUAUGACCGCACCGCCACGGCCGCCCCGCGAUGGGAAGCCGGCGACUGGGUGCGAGUACGGAAGCCCGGGACGGGCCGGGUCGAGGGGCAGCGCUCCGUGCAGGUGAGCCGCAGGACCGGUCCGGUCAGCUACCGGCUGGCCACAGGUGAGCGGGUGCACGCUAGGCGCCUGGUACCGGGCCACCCGGGGGACGCUGAUCGCGAGGUGCCGGUGACCUUUUACCCAGUUGGGGGUGAGCCCGAGCCUACUGACCCAGCCCCUGUGACCGUGGACCCUGCUCCCACCGAUGAUGUGUGUCCCGAGCCGUCUGGGGGUACCAGUCCUGUCCCAGCGGCGCCAGUCGGCGCCGCCUCAGACGAGCGUGCGGCCCCGCGCCGCAGCCGUAGGGCGCGUAGGCCGCGGAAGCGUUUCUCGCCGUAGGUUGGGCGAGUUUGUGCGUGUACAGUUUAGCUCGGCACCGCACCUGUGUCUGGGUGUUUUCAUAGGGUGCGUUUUCCCUCAAAGAGAGGGGUGGUGUUGUGGCGUGAAUUUGAAUUUAGUUGCGCUGUUCAGUGUUCGUAUCAGCUGCGCCAGAAUUGUGCGAGGUUGCUUUGUUAUUUUUAGAGAAGAUAGUCAUCGGCAUCGGCCCACUACGGAGUGCAGGGUGGACUUCCGGUGAUGGCGUCGUAGGUGUUGGCCACGUGCUAUUUUGGAUCUUGUUGUGCGGCGGCCAGAAUACAUGUCCGGCAGUUCCGGUGAUUG